AACAGCCUCGCCGGAGGUGCUACUGGGAGAGGGAGCGGUUACGCGCACACGCACAGUCUGAACGCGGACAGGUAGAUUAAACGUGUUCAGGUAAACCUGGAAAUCACAGCUGCGGUACUCGGGACAGCACAUUUAAAGCGGUAUUCACCAGUAUGUCAGCCCGAUCAAGACCUGGAUAUUAUCGCCAGGAGGUAAAUAAAACCGCUUGGGAAGUCCCGGAGAGAUACAAAGAUCUGAAACAGGUGGGGACGGGGGCAUAUGGUACAGUAUGCUAUGCGUUUGACCGGAGGACAGGGGCAAAGGUGGCCAUCAAGAAACUCCAUCGUCCCUUCCAAUCUGACCUGUUUGCCAAAAGAGCUUAUCGGGAACUCAGGCUGCUCAAACACAUGAAGCAUGAUAAUGUUAUUGGACUUGUGGAUGUUUUCACUGCAGACCUUUCUCUAGACAGAUUCCAUGACUUUUACUUGGUCAUGCCUUUUAUGGCUACUGAUCUUGGAAAGUUAAUGAAAACGCAGAGACUGUCAGAGGACAAGGUCCAGUAUCUGGUCUACCAGAUUUUGAAAGGACUCAAAUAUAUCCAUGCUGCUGGAAUCAUUCAUAGGGAUCUCAAACCAGGCAAUCUGGCAGUAAAUGAGGAGUGUGAGCUUAAGAUCCUGGAUUUUGGUCUAGCACGGCAAACAGACAGUGAAAUGACGGGCUAUGUUGUGACACGCUGGUACAGAGCACCUGAGGUCAUUCUUAGCUGGAUGCAUUACACACAGACUGUGGACAUCUGGUCGGUCGGUUGCAUCAUGGCCGAGAUGCUGCUAGGGAAACCACUGUUCAAAGGAAAUGACCACUUGGAUCAGCUGAUGGAGAUCAUGAAGAUUACAGGGACGCCAACAAAAGAGUUCACAGCCAAACUACAGUCUGAAGAUGCUAGAAACUACAUAGCAAAGUUGCCAAAACUUAAAAAGAAAGAUCUUCGGGCAUUGUUACCAAAUGUUAACCCACAAGCGAUUAAUGUGUUAGACAGCAUGCUGCUCUUGGACCCUGAGAGUAGAAUAACAGCGGCAGAGGGACUAGCUCUUCCUUUCUUCUCUGACUUUCGUGAACCAGAGGAGGAGACCGAGGCCCCACCGUAUGACCAUUCACUAGAUGAGGCUGAUCAGUCAGUGGAGCAAUGGAAACGACUCACCUUCACUGAAAUUCUGUCUUUCCGUCCGGCACCAGUGGUGGAAGAAUCUAAAGAGACGGCUCUUUGAGAAUGCUUAUUUUUACAUCAUCAACGCUUUACAUUUAUACCAUUUGACUUUUUUUACACAGUGAGUGUGCUGCUUUAUUUUUCAGCCUUUUAGCCUGUUGUGUGCUAGUGUUUGACACAGAUGAACUAGGCACAGCUGAACCAUCAGUAGACCACCAUCAUGCAAUUUAAUUAGGAGAUUUUAGUUUAGUUUGAUUAUAGCACCUUUAUUUUAUUUUAUUUUCAAGCAAAGCACAUGUCACUAUCCAGCAUUAAUGCUGACAUAAUUAUUACACUGAAAUGCUGCAAUGCAAAUGUCUGUAUAGUUUCCGUUUUUUGCCAAACCCCACAACCAUAUAUUUCAGUAUCAGAAAGAGUAUUAACUUUUUUUCUAAAACCGUUUUCAACCUGACCACAGUCACGAAUGCAGAGACCAGACAAAUCAUGCAAUUAUGCAAAGGAACCUGACAAUGUAAAAUAAGUAUUUUUAAAUUGAUCACAUUUUAUUUUCUUGUAUAUUUUUUAAAUCAGUUUGUCAAGAAAAUUCGAAUGUUUGAUUAAAAAAACAUAUGGUU